AGUUGAAUUCUAAGUCGAAGGCCGUUUAUUAUUCUCAUCGCUCUUUCUCUUUCUCUCCCUCUCCCUCUCCCUCGCCAUUUUCAUCUUCAGCAUCUGCGUUUUUCUUUCUGAACAAGUGAAUAAAAAUUGAACCCCUUCACGGUUCUAACAUUCUGCACACAACCAUCGACCCACAUUAUUAAUCUUAUUCAUAUCCAUAUCCAUAUCCACCGACAAUGGACACAGUUCUGGUACCUCCGUGGCUGGAACAACUUCUUCACACACCUUUCUUCAACGUGUGUCGAAUUCACGCAGACGCAGCUAGGAGUGAAUGUAACAUGUUUUGUCUAGAUUGCAAUGGCGAAGCCUUCUGUUUCUAUUGCCGUUCUUCUCGACACAAAGAUCAUCGAGUCAUUCAGAUAAGAAGAUCUUCGUAUCAUGAUGUAGUGAGGGUGGCCGAAAUUCAGAGGGUGUUGGACAUAAGUGGAGUACAGACAUAUGUGAUAAACAGUGCUCGAGUUUUGUUCUUGAAUGUGAGGCCACAACCAAAAUCUGGGAAAGGAGUUGCUCACAUUUGUGAGAUUUGUGGAAGGAGCCUCUUGGACCCAUUUCGCUUCUGUUCUUUGGGAUGUAAGCUUGAAGGAAUAAAGAAAAAUGGGGAUGCAAGCUUUGCUUUGGAUGGUAGGAACGAAGAAUUAACAAUGGAGACUACCACCACCACCACUACUUCAACUUCAAGAGGAUCGGUCUCAUCAAAUCAGCAAGAAGAAGGAUUGCGUGAAGGUUCAACACAAGACAUGUAUCAAGCCACACCUCCUUCAAACGCAAGGAGAAGAAAAGGAAUUCCUCAUAGGGCACCCUUUACCUCCUAGGGAUGCUUAUUCAUAUUCUCCAAUAUUCAACUUCAUCUCCUCACCACAUAAAUAUAUUUUUAUUUUUUUACUUGUAAUAUAUAAUAUAAUACGACCCUCUUUGGUGGGAAACCUCGUGAUUGUAAAUUUUUUUUCAAUAAAAAAAUGGGAGGCUUUGGAGGGGGGUUUGCCCAAGGUCCGUGAUGAGGGAAAAAAAAAAGAAAGGGUAUAUAGGAAAGUUCCCUCUUUUCGGGUCCAAGAAAAAACGAAUGAAGAUUCAAUAAUGCAGAUUUGUUUAAUGUUUAAUUGUUGUGGGUGUAUGCGUAAUUAAGGAAUAAAAAGGCAAAUCUUUGGGAACUC